AUGGCUCCCCUUUCAGGUGGUGCUACUUCUGGCCUCCGAACCCCCUUGACAACAAGGAUGUUGAAGCUUCAUCCUGUUUUAAAUUACACCCCAUUCUUCACCACUCCAUCAUUGUUUUCUCCAAAAAACUUGUCAUUGCGUUCCUCAAAUCACAAAGCCGGAAUGGUUUGCAUGUCCACAACCACAUCUCCAGUAAGCAAAGAUGAUGAAAAGCUAAUUAAUGGACAACCGAAUGAGAAAGUGGUCCAAGUUUCAUCGUGGAUUGAUUACUUACCCAAAGAAAUUCAGCCUUUCGCUAAGCUGGCUCGCGUAGAUAAGCCCAUCGGUACUUGGUUAUUUCUUUUUCCCUUUGCCUGGUCAGCUACGUUAGCAGCAUCGACUGGAAAUAUUCCUGAUUUCAAGAAUUUAGCUGUAUUUGCUUGUGCAGCUCCAUUUUUUAGGGGUGCUGCUUGUACCAUAAAUGAUUUCUUUGAUCGUGAUUUUGAUAAAAUGGUGGAGCGUACAAAAGAGAGACCAAUGGCAAGUGGGGCUGUCACACCAUUUCAAGGACUUUGUUUCUUUGCGUUUCAAUUGCUACUGAGUCAUGGAAUUUUCCUCCAACUCACCAACUACAGGUCUCACUGCAUUCCUUUCGUUUAUAAAGAAGAUGACGUGAAAGUUGACGUUAAAUCCACGGCCUUAAAAUUUGGUGAGUCAACAAAGGAGUGGAUCACUGGCUUUGCAAUUGCAAGCAUUUGCACCCUUACUCUCGCUGCAUACAAUGCUGCAUUAGGGUGGCCAUUUUAUGUGUUUUUAGCAGCUGCAUCUGGACAGUUAGGUUGGCAGAUAAGGACGGUUAACUUGUCAUCCCCAGCCGAUUGCAACCGAAAGUUUGUGUCCAACAAAUGGUUUGGUGUUCUAAUUUUGAGUGGGAUUUUAUUAGGAAGGGUCUUCUCUUGA